AUGCCGUCCGCAUGGGACUUCCUGUCUGAAGAUACGGGUGAGAGAGAGAGCUUCGGCUUCUUCUGCUCGGUCACCACCUCUACGUUGGCUGGAUUAUUUGACUUCGGCUUCUGGUCUCGUAGGCUCUUACAGAUAUCGCAUCAUUACCCGGCGCUUUGGCACUGUAUGACUGCUCUUGCCAGCAUCCAUCGCGAGUAUGUCACUGAAAGCACGCCACCGAGUCGACCAAGGAUUUGGGAGAAUCGAAACAUUGGGUUUGCAUUAAAACAGUCCAACAGGGCCAUUCAAUCUCUCAUGCAGCUGCUCUCAGAGCAGUGUUUGACUGCUCUGGACAGAAUGGUUGUACUGACCACCAAUAUUCUGUUCACCUGUAUGUGCAGUCUACAGGGCCGCCAAUGGCAGGCCUUUAUGCACAUCAACAAUGGGUUGAAGUUAUUCCAUCAGUGGGAACUCGGAUCGAAACUCAUCAGUCAGCCAGAAGACCGUAUCGGAGCCGACAUGCUACUAUUGGUAUUUACCAGGCUCGACUCACAAGUUCGCCCAUAUCUUCUUUGGCAAACCCCUCCCUUAAACUGGGCGGAUAGUCAGAUAACUCUGUCGUCGACCAAAGCACCAUUUACAACUUUGCUCCAGGCAUACGUGUCCUUAGAAGUACUGUUCAACGGGGUAAUGCGGUUUUUGCUGUGUCCUGAUACCUGGAGUCUGAGUCGGCAAUCCGUCGUGUCAGCGGAAAAGCUGACGUAUCUGCACCGCCUACAUGAGUGGGAUGCAAAAUUAGCCAACCUCUUAAAAGAUCUGUUGGAAAGUGAUCAUGGCAAAGCUAUAGAUCUGUUAACAAUUCGGCGGAAGUUUACUGGACUUCUUCUUGCCACAAACCUAACUCAAUGCGAGUUGGCUCAUGAUGCUUUCCUCAGCGACUAUGUGGCCAUAAUUGAAGCGGUUAGUCGGGUCCUCGGGGAUUUAAAAAGUCUAGUGCUGGGGAGGGACCAGAGCGCCGAGCGGCCGACGCAUGCAAACUUUGGCCUAGAGACUGGUAUCGUCGAGCCUCUGUUCUGGAUCGGGGUCCGAUGCCGCGAGCCUAAGAUCCGACACCAGGCACUCAGACUUUUGCAGCGGUACCCGCGUCGAGAGGGGAUCUGUGAGGGCAUGUUAGCCGCCAAGAUUGUGGCUAAAGUGAUCGAGAUUGAAGAGACUGGAUGCUCGCAAGUAGCCAAAAAAAUGUGUUCAACGAGCCCGUGCACCAGUGGACCGUGGAUAUGUGAAGCUCAUCGUGUCAAUACAUGCGAUGUCAUCUUGGCUACAGAACGGCAAGUUCGUGUCGUGAUACGAACUGUCGAGGACUGGGCGCUAUCCCGUCCGGGUACCGAGUUUGUGACUUCUUGGUGGUGA